AUGCACCAACCUAAAAAAUGAUUAUAUCUUCAACCGGUUUAUGUGAUGAACAAUCCAGAAUCCAACAAACAAUAACCGGAUGUGGGCAAAAAGCAACAAUGUCCUACAUGUCAGCCAUUCGUUGCGUCGUUUUUCCAAAUCGACAACCCAUAGUCCUAUAUAUCUAUGCUUAUCGCUGAUAUCGUAAUACCAAAUGUUGUGAUAUUUAUAGUUUGUAGUUACUUUAUCUUAUUAUCUGUAUUUGUCUAUGAUGUGCAAUCGAUGCAGCAUCACGGAGCCCUAUUUGUCCUGUCGCAUAUUCUAGGCGAUACGCCUCCACAUAAUGGAAAAUAUUUGUACAUCCGCCAAUGUAGAAAUAUGUGGGACAAUUGGGGCAUACAUCCAUUUUCGCCUAGUUUGUUUUACUCCUCUUGACAUCGCAAUUCUCAUUAUACGAUACGUCAAAAACCCGUCAAUCCAACGACUCCAGGAAACAAAGAAGAUGAUGGAUAAGAACUUGAAGAUCAUCUUAGAUAGAAAGUAACUGGUUUUAUUCAGAACUUUCCCCCGUUUUGCUGCUCAUCAACUGACAUUAUCACGAUCAAGAAGAUUCUGUUCACUUGAAGCUGUCAUCAUUGAAGUAUGAGCGGGUAUAUAAAGGUUUGAAUCGGAAGGAAAAAAGUAUCAGUUACACAACUACUUCUCUCCUCUUAACAAUCAUGAUGAAGUUUAUUCUCUUCGCCGCUUUGCUUGUCAUCGCUGCCGGUGACAGCACCAACCAAGCCGCGGAUUCUCAAGUCAACUAUCCUCCUCAACCGUAUAGCUAUUCCUACAAUGUACUAGACGAAGAAUCAAACAACGAUUUUAUCCAUUCUGAGAAAACCGAUGGCAAAGUGACCACUGGCUCUUACCGGGUCUCACUUCCCGAUGGGCGCACCCAGUUCGUUACCUACAAAGCCGACGAGAAUGGCUUUACUGCUAACGUCGAGUACGAAGGUGAGGCCCAUCAUCCUGAUGGAUACGUUGCACCUGCUACACCGUCAUUCCAGGCACCAGCCGCACUUCCGUACUCUGCUCCUGCUGCAUCAAACACCAAAGUACGUGAAGCUCCUUCCUACAACGAAGCUUCAUCUUCAGCAGCGCCGGUCGCAAAGGAACCAGCCCCACCUGCCCCCAAGACUCAGGAUGCACCUGCCAACAAGGAGCCUACCGCUUCGGCUCUCAAAACUCGUGAUGCUCCUUCCUACAAAGAAUCCUCCACGCCGUCCUACAAGGAUUCUGUUACAACUUACAGUCCUCCUUCUCCACCUGCUUACAAUCCUCCUUCUCCACCUGCUUACAAUCCUCCUUCUCCACCUGCUUACAAUCCCCCUUCCCCACCAGCAUACAGCCAGCCUGCUGCUCCAGCUUACCAGGCUCCUUCUCCACCAGCAUACAAUCCUCCGUCUUACCAGGCUUCUGCCGCAACACCAUAUCAAGCUCCUGCAUACAAGGCUCCUGCCUACAGGUCUCCUCCACCAACCUAUAGAGCUCCUUCUCCACCUCCAUAUCGAUCCCCAGCUCCUCCUACCUACGGCUUUACCCCCAUUGGGCCUACCCCACUCGCUUAUAGAGGCUAAAAUUCAAUACUUUUGAACUCGUCUUGCUGGUCAAGAUGUGCAUUAUUACUUGGUGGCAUUGUCAACAACCUAUAAAGUUUGGUUUGAAAUAAUACAAAUACGUUAGAUUUAAACAAGCUCCAACGAAA